AUGUCUCGGCAGUCAAUCUGCAGAAGCUUUGGAGGCGGAAGCAAAAGGGGAUACAGCUCUUGCUCUGCCGUCGGUGGUGGCUUUGGAGGAAGUGGGGGCAGAAGCAGGAUCAGCUAUAGCUCGUUCUCCACAUCCAGGGGAAUUGGAGGCGGCGGACGUUGUGGAGGUUUUAGCAGCAGGAGCCUCCAUAACCUGGGUGGCAGCGGAAGAAUUUCCAUGGGUGGCUCUUAUGGCGGUGGAUACGGAUGUAGAAUUGGAGGCUUUGGUGGAGGCUAUGGAGGAGGAUUUGGCAGCAUUGGAGGAGGUGUCAUUGGUGGAGGAAUAGGCAGCUUUGGUGGCCCUGUGAGAGGUGGUCCUGGGUUCCCCGGAGGCAUCCAGCCGGUGCAGGUUGACCCAACGCUCCUGCGGCCGGUCCAUGUUGACAUUGAUCCGCAGAUCCAACAAGUGAAGUGCCAGGAGAAGGAGCAGAUCAAGACUCUUAACAAUCAGUUUGCCUCUUUCAUUGACAAGGUCCGCUUCCUGGAGCAACAGAACAAGGUCCUCUCCACCAAGUGGGAGCUCCUCCAACAACAAGGGCCUUCGGGGCCAAGGAAGAACCUCGAUGCCAUCUUUGAGAAUUACAUCCAGAACCUGAGGAGGCGGCUGGAGUCUCUCCUGGCGCAGAGGGGGCAGCUGGAGUCGGAGCUGCAGAACAUGCGGCAAUACGUCGAGGAGUACAAAACCAAGUAUGAGGAAGAGAUCAACAGGCGCACCGCUGCUGAGAACGAGUUUGUGGUGCUCAAGAAGGACGUGGACUGUGCCUACAUGACUAAGGUGGAGCUGGAAGCCAAGGUGGGAGCUCUGACUGACGAAAUCAACUUCCUGAGGUGCAUCUACGAGGAGGAACUGGCCCAGAUGCAGACGAUCAGCCGGGACCUGUCUGUGGUGGUGUCCAUGGACAACAACCGCCACCUGGACCUGGACAGCAUCAUCGAGGAGGUCAGGCGUCAGUACGAGCAGAUCGCUCAGAACAGCCGGGCUGAAGCUGAGGCGUGGUACCAGAGCCGGUACGAAGAGCUGCAGAACACCGCUGGAAGGCACGGGGACAGCCUCCGCAACACCAAGAUAGAGAUCCAAGAGCUGACCAGGAACGUCCAGAGGCUGCGGGCUGAGAUUGAGAACGUGAAGAAGCAGAACCAGCAGCUGCAGGCAGCUAUUGCCGAGGCCGAGGAGCGGGGUGAGAUGGCCCUCAAGGAUGCCCGGCGGAAACUGGAAGAGCUUGAGUGUGCCCUGAGCAAAGACAAGGAGGAGCUGGCUCGCUUGUUGAAGGAGUACCAGGAGCUGCUGAACAUCAAGAUUGCCCUGGACGUUGAGAUUGCCAUGUACAGGAAGCUGCUGGAGGGAGAGGAGAACAGGCUCUGUGGAGACAACCCGUCCAACGUCAAUGUCUCCGUGGUAGGCAGAACCACCAUUGCCGCAGGCAGAGCUGGUGGCUUCGGAGCCAGCAGUGGCCUGGGAGGAGGAGUGUGUGCGGUCGGAGGAGGAAGCGUCCUUGGAGGCCCCUGUGGCGUGGGAGGAGGGAUGCUCAGCGGUGGCUUCUCCUCUGGAAGUGGGAGAAUGUGCAGCGCUGGAGGUGGCAACUUCGUCUCUGGGGGUGGGUCCUCCUCUGUGCGGAGAUGUGUCACAACCACAACGGUCAAAUCUUCAGGUGUAAAAUACUGA